AUGUCUGAAAAGAAAUUAUUUACACUUGCUGAACUCGCAGAACAUAACCAUAAAAAGUCCUUGUAUGUCUCUAUCAAAGGCAAAGUUUAUGAUGUGACAAAAUUCAUUGAUGAACAUCCUGGUGGAGAAGAAGUACUUCUUGAUGAAGGUGGUAGCGAUGCAACUGAAGCUUUUGAAGAUGUUGGACAUUCAGACGAAGCUCAUGACCUUUUGAAAACUUACGAAAUUGGGGAAUUAAAAGAUGGACCUCCAAUACCAUCACAAAAAUCUCAACCAUCUUACCCGAAACCGCAACCAGCUGAAACGUCCAAGUAA